AUGUCGAACGUUGAACUUGGUGUGCAGACGGAGAAGGCCUUCCAGAAGCAGCCUCUCUUCCUUAACUCGAAGGUGGCUCGCAAGAGCACCCGUGCCAAGCGGUGGUACAAGGAUGUUGGUCUUGGUUUCAAGACCCCUGGUGCUGCCAUCAACGGUACUUAUAUCGACAAGAAGUGCCCAUGGACUGGUCUGGUCUCGAUCCGUGGCCGUAUCCUCAGCGGCAAGGUCGUCUCGACUAAGAUGACCCGCACUGUGGUCAUUCGCCGGGAGUACCUGCACUACGUCCCGAAGUACAACCGUUACGAGCGCCGCCACAAGAACCUUUCGGUGCACGUUUCGCCCGCCUUCCGUGUGGAAGUUGGUGACAUUAUUGUGGCUGGUCAGUGCCGCCCUCUCUCGAAGACUGUGCGUUUCAACGCCCUCAAAGUCAUUAAGAACAAGAGCACUGAGCGUGCCAAGGCGUUCAACCGCUUCUAA